GGCUAUCUUUACCCUGCUGAUGUCUGUCAACUGGCAGACGGGAGCCUAGCACAAGUGAAUCAGGAUCGCAAGAUGGAGAGCCGAGAUCUUCUUCGCAACAGUCUCCACUUCAAGGCAAUAGUCCUUCGGUUUCCGGGCUUCCUUCCAUUUGAAAGGUCCGGCCACCUACGGUCAUCACAGGACUCUUCUAAAGCCAGCAUUUUCGUACCUACAAAAGCGGUUGCCAUGGCGUCAGAUUGCGCCCGAAGCAGGCCGGUUUCGGAGGGCGCGGACUCGGAUUGCCGAGCUUUCUGCCUUGUAGAAUCGGAUCUGGCGCAGUACCCGUUGGGAACGGGUCUACACAACUUUGCCCAUUUACACACGGCACCACAUCUUCGUAUGUCACUUUGCGUGUGUGUGUUGAUAUGCGCCGCUCGGCUCCAAGUCGGGUGGGCAAAAUCCCGAGCCAUAAGAGGCUCGUUAUUGCGGGAUGUGCGAGUGCGUGAGUGUGCGCGAACACUCUUCUGUUUGGCGGGUCUGGUUUCCAGUGCGAUGCGCAAAGGAGCCAUCUUCGCAACCCUCGAAGUCGCCCAGCCGCCGAGUCCGCUCGCCCAACUUCCCACCCGACUGCCUGCCCAUCUGCCCGCCCGCCAUCAUAAAGAGCGUGUGUGUGUGUGUGUGUGUGGGCCUGUGAAUGUACACCGGUGCGUCGUGAGGGUGAGAUCUGUCUCUGGGCCGGUUCGGCUCGAGUGCAGUCGUCACGUCUCCCGCCCAACAGCCCAACCGCCCAACUCGGACUCGCACAGACUGGCCACACUCCGGACCGGCCUGUCCGUCGUCUCGGACCGGCCCACUUGGCUGUAUGUCGGGAUUCUGCGAAGCUGUGCACCGGCGAUAAAAUGCGCUUCUUCACGAGUCCACCCUCAUGCAGUGGUGGGUAAACAAAACGGCAAACCUGCAGAUGAAGGACUGGCCCAUCCCACCACCGCCACCCUCGCACCGCCUCUCCAGACCCAGUUUUCGUCAACGCGACAUCAUGCCUCCACUCACAUUGCAAGCCCUCUAGACGGGCCAGGAUCGCUGGCGCAGACCCCCAGACCUCGCCCCAACAGCACACCUGACAAGGGGUCUGUCGACUCGUCAUCCAGUCUGUCGACCGGUCAGCCGGUCCCUUUUCAAUCAGCCUGUUUACCAAAUAUUUAUUUCUUCAAGGCCUGGCCUGGCCUUGCCGUCAUGACGACCCUGGGGUCGUCGGGCCGAAGGACUAAUGACGGCCGGCCCGAAAUACAUGGUGAUUAUAAUCGAUGCCGGCCCCCGAUGGGCAUGUUGUAUCGCUUCGACAGAGCAAGUGUUUACACACUUCGUCGUGUCCAUGUCGUGUCAGUCUCCCAGUGGCAGGUCGGGCCCGAUACUGCCGAGUCGGCGUGA